CUCAUCGCUUCGCCACCAACGAACGACACAAGCAAACGACAAUGGCAGCAGUGGCCCGUACUCUCAAGGUGGACGUGACGUCCGACGUCCUCUGCCCCUUCUGCUACCUAGGCGUCAAGCAGCUCCAAGCCGCAACAAAGACGUACAACACCUCGCACCCCACCGCGCCAGUGGCCCUCGACAUCAAGUUCCACGCGUACCCCCUCUCGCCCGACCUCACCGACGCGCCGCGCGACCGCGCCGAGCACAUGGCCAAGAAGUUUGGCGCGGAGCGCGUCAAGGCCAUGGAGCCGUUCUGGAAGGAGCGCUUUGGGCCGUACGGGAUUGAGCGCAACCCCGGCGGCAAGGUCGCCUCAUCGCACCUCUCGCACCGCCUGACCUCGUACGCAGGCAAGCACGCGCCUGCCUCGCAGCUUCCCCUCGAGAUGGACCUGUUUGACAUGUAUCACGCGCGCGGGAUCGAGCCGAGCAACCGCGCCGAGCUUUCGCGGCUGGCCGUGAAGAACGGCGUCUUUCCUACCGAGGAGGCCGCGGCGGCCUUCCUCGACAGCACAGACGAGGACGCAGAUGUGCGCUCGGCGUACUCGCUUGCGCGCAGGCGCGGGAUCGACGGCGUGCCGUUCUUCAUCUUUAACGACAAGUUUGCGACCUCUGGCGCUGUGGGCGAGGACGAGUUUGGCGAGAUCCUCGACACAGUCGUCAAGAACUAAUGUUACCUGCUGUGGCUGGCUGUAUCUAUGCGAACGAAUGCGAAUGCGAAUGCAGAAUGUGCUCGUGUG